CCGAAGCAGAAUAGAAUGCGAUUGUUAUACAUUUUCAUUACUGGCCAAGUGCUGAUUGCCUUGACCUCAGCGGCCCCCGGCAUCAAAGAUGACCUCACCCAGGACACACCCUACAUCAAGGAGCUCCUACGACAGGCGAAGACUGCCGAGAUUGAGAGCUUCAUGGACCAAAAGGCCGAUCCAUGCCAUGACUUCUAUUCCUUUUCGUGCGGUAACUAUGCUAGAAUCAACUCGGCAUUGAGCAUGCAGGUGUUUACGACAGGAAUAUUCCAAAAUCUGAACAACGGCUUCGACCGAAAGGUCAUAAAGAUGCUCAACACUUAUGAAAUCCACGAUAGUUCGGAGGAUAUUCAGGUCAAAUACUUCUACGAGUCCUGCCUGCGGAUUAAGGAGCUCAACUCCACAUACACCGAAAAGCUGAAGAGCCUCAUUGCCGAAUUCGGAUCGAUGCCGGUGCUCGAGGGAUCGUCCUGGGAGGAGGAGGACUUUGACUGGCUGGAGACCACCGCACGCAUUGCCCAUCAAUAUGAAGAAAUAGUCAUCGUAGGUGCGGAAGUAUUCAAAGACAUUGUCAACAACCAAAGGAAUCGAGUCUACAUAGUUCAGCAGGAGUUCCCGCUCGAAAAGCGAUCCAUGUAUCUAAACAACGAAACACUUAUCUACCGCGAGAAGUACCUUGGUGUAAUCGAAAAUAUCCUAGAGAGAUUUUUGGCCGUCGAAAAGGAGCUGGCAAAAGAAACGGCUAAGGAGCUUUUCGACUUUGAGGUGGAACUGGCAGAAGGACUUUCAUCUCCAGGCGAAGGACUCAGUGAUUUGGCCGAACUACUAACUGUCGCCGAGAUCCAAGAAAGGUAUUCGCCCACCUUGGACAUCAAGAGGUUGUUAAGUGUGAGCAUGGGAGAGACAAUUUCCGAAGAGAUCUACGAGUACAAUAAACGCUAUCAGCAAAACCUGGUAGAAGUCAUCGAGCGCACCCCAAAACCCACCGUGGCCAACUAUAUAUUCUACCGCCUUAUUUAUGAAUUCGUUGAGAAGCCCUCCGACAGGCCGGAGAAGCAGAAACAGGCCUGUGUGGAUCUCACCAAGAAGUUCUUCGCCAAAAACCUGGACAACAUGUUCUAUCGCCGCUACAACAACGAGAAAUCCUCCAGAGAAAUCGAGAACAUGUGGCGCCAAAUAAAGUCCAGCUUCAACGACACCCUGCGAUCCAGUCAGGCCCUGGAUUGGAUUGAAAGACCCACUCGGAAUCUGGCCAUUGCCAAGCUGCAGGCCAUGACCCUGGAGGUCAACAACUAUGCCGAGGAUAACUUCACCGAAGAGUUUGCCGACCUCCAUCUGCAGAGCUCCGACUACGUGGAGAAUGUGCGACGGACCAACCUCCUUGCUGCUAAACGAAAGAGGGAGACGCUUUACCAGCCCGCCAAGCCAGUUGAGGCGGGCUCCAAGCUUAGUUACUCUCCAGCCAACAUCCUGAUAGAGAACACCAUUAAAAUUCCGGUGGCCCUGCUCCAGCCCUUCUACCUUUGGUCGGAUGUCUACCCCAAUGCGGUUAUGUUCGGUACAUUGGCCUACCUAAUUGCACAUGAGUUGAUCCAUGGAUUCGACGACAACGGAAGGAAGUUCGAUGCCAAAGGAAACUCCCACGAUUGGUGGGAUGAAAGGUCCAGUAGCAACUUCCUGAAACGACGGGAAUGCUUCACGAAGCAGUACGGAAGGUACAAGUAUGAUGGAAACCUGCUCAAAGAGUCCACUUCGCAGGCGGAGAACAUAGCGGACAAUGGAGGGAUGCGGCUGGCCUACACCGCCUACCGGAAGUGGUACGAGUCCCAAGUGGAGAAGGAUCUGGCCAAGGAGACGCUGCCCAAUCUGAGGUACACCGCCAAGCAGCUGUUCUUCAUCAGCUUUGCCCAGAUCUGGUGCAACGACGUACAUCCAAAGGUGAAGACCCUCCAAGUAUUAACCGAUCAGCACAUGCCCGGAAAAUUUCGAGUUAUUGGACCUCUAUCGAACUUCGAUGAGUUUUCCAGGGAGUUUAACUGCCCUUCCGGAUCCGCCAUGAAUCCUUUGGAGAAGUGCGUUCUCUAUUAG